UCUCUCUCUCUCUCUCUCUCUCUCUCACUUUUCAAAAUUCAAACCGUAAUUUCCUCUGUUUCCCAUCGGCGAUUUGAGAUUGUUUCUGAUUGAACGAAGAUCUCGGCGGCUCGAUUAUCAAAGUCUCUCAGGUUUGCUAUUGCAAUUAGAUUUAGAUUCAGAUUUAGAAUUAGAAUUUCUUUAGCUAUGAUUGCACCGACUUUUGUAAUGAUCGAAUCUAUUCUCAGCCUUAGAUAAUGUUACCAAAGUAAUUUACUUUCACGUUCGUUAAUUUCUCAAGGGUUUGCCGAUGGAUCGGCGAUUAGGUUUUGGAAGUUUGUAUUUUGUUAUGUAUUUGAUAAGGGAUUUUGGAAUAAUUGGAUUUUGGAAUUGAUUCAACAGAACAGGGAAUUAUCUUUAUUUUUUAGUAGGGUUUUUGAUUUGGCAGAACAGAGAAUUUAAAAUCCUUAAUGGGUUAGCAAGGAUUUUUUUGAUUUCAGUGGGGGUUUUUUGAUUUGGAAUUGGAUAUUCUUCAAUGGAAGAAAGAGAGCGGUUUUUGUUUUUGGCUGCUUCGCUUUGUGGAACGCUUUAUUCAUUGGUUUCCUAUUCCUAUUAUUUGUGGGUGUUUAUAGUAUGGAGGUUAAAACUGCAAGAAGAGGGCCACAGAGAAAAGAAAGUUCUGUUUUUGAUCGAUUAGGAGCAGGACGAGGAGGGCAUUUAAACAACAGCAGCAACAAGAUAUGCAAAUUUUGGCUCAGUGGUAGAUGCCUUAAAAACCCAUGUAGAUUUGCCCAUUCAGAAACACCUGAUGUGGCCACCAUUCACUGUCACAGGCAGACUCCUUACUACCCUCGCUCCAGCAAUGCUUUAGUUUCAAAUACUUGGCGAAGGGCACCUAGGAAUUCACAAAAUGUUCAGGAGAAGGUUGUUAACCACAAGUCUUCCGAAAAUGUUCCUGGGAAGUCUGAAUCAGACUUGGAUCAUAUUAAAAAGAAGUCGCCAGAAAGCGUUUCUGAGAGUUCUUCAGAAUGUUUUGUUCUUGAAAAUGAUUCUAAUCUGGAGAAUGUGGUUGAAGAAAAGCCUCUGGAGCAUGUUCCUAAGAAAACCGCAGAAAGGGUUUGUGAGUUCUGGGUGCAAGGGACGUGUGUCUAUGGUGAUCAGUGCCCUUACCUACACUCAUGGUUUCGUGGGGAUAAGUUCAAAAGGUUGGCAGAGCUUCAAGGGCACAACAAGGCACUCAAUGGAAUUGCACUUCCUAUAAGAUGCAACAAGCUUUGUUCAGGUAGCAGUGAUGGAACAAUUCGGCUUUGGGACUGCCAUACUGGUCAAUGUGCUAAUGUGACUAACAUUGGUGGUGAAGUUGGUUCUGUUUGUAGUGAAGGCCCUUGGCUCUUUGUUGGCAUGCCAAAUGUUGUGAAGGUGUGGAAUACUGAAUCAGGUGCUGAAUACAGUCUCAAUGGACCUGUUGGGCAAGUCAAUGCAUUGGAAUCUGUUUACAAUUUGCUUUUUGCUGGGGUAGAGGAUGGUGUUAUUUUGGCAUGGAAAGGCACUUAUGAAACUAACAUUACAUUUCAAUUUGCCGCAACCCUUGAAGGCCACACGCAUGGUAUAACAUCUUUAGUUGUUGGAGGAGGCAACAGGCUGUACUCAGGUUCCAAGGACCACACAAUAAGGGUUUGGGAUCAUGAAAAUUGGCAGUGUAUUAUGACAUUGAAUGGGCAUGAUGAUGUUGUGAAGUCUCUCAUGUGCUGGGACAAGUAUUUGUUCUCUUGUUCAUUGGAUUGUACGAUAAAAGUUUGGGCUUCUACUGAGGAUGGCAGUUUGGAAGUAAUCUAUACUCACAGUGAAGAACAUGGUAUCCUUGCACUUUCUGGGAUGACUGAUCCGGAUGUUAAACCAAUCUUGUAUUGCUCUUGUAGCGAUAAAUCUGUCCACCUCUAUAAACUGCCAACAUUCACUGACAGGGGCAGACUGUUUGCAAAACAAGAAAUACAGACUCUUCAAAUAGGUCCUGGGGACCUCUUUUUUACUGGGGAUCAGACUGGUUUGCUGACAGUUUAUACGUGGCUAGCAGACUAAUGGCUGAGACGUGCCCAAGACUAGUAAAAGCAUGAUUUUUAUUAGUUAUGGCAAACAAUGUAGAGUAUUUUAAGUACAUUUUCCAAUGUACAGUAUUUUUAGUACAUUUUCCAAUGUACAAUAUUGAUAGAUGUUUUUGAGGUCUACUAGGAGGUUUAGAAUUCCAUUUUUUAGCCAUUGCUCAGUUUAGAGAACUUUCGCAAAUAAUAUUGAAGAAAUGUAUUUUAACAAUAAACCAUAUACCUUGAACUAGAUCCUUAUUUCUUAUUAGAUUACAUGAAUAUAAUUUCUUAGUCAA